AUGCUGCUGCUUGUGAAGAAAUGGCUACAGCAAUGUCCAGUGCAGAGGCUGCUGCUUACAAAGGAUUACAACACUCUCGAUCCAAGGCCAAGUAAGGCUACUUUUGAAGUAACAACUCUUGUUGCUCUCUUGCAGAAGAUUAGCCCCAGGUUCAAAAAAGCAUUCCGAGAAAUAUUGGAAGGCAGGGCUUCUGCUCAUCCUUUUGAAAAUGUCCAGUCGUUGUUGCCACCUAAUUCUUGGCUUGGCUUGCACCCGAUUCCUGACCACAGACGCGAUGCUUCUAUGGCUGAGAACGCCUUGACUCUUCUAUAUGGAAGUGAGCCAAUUGGCAUGCAAAGAGACUGGAAUGAGGAGCUGCAAUCUUGUCGUGAAUUUUCUCAUACAACUCCACAGGAGAGGAUCUUGCGUGAUAGGGCACUUUAUAAAGUGACAUCAGACUUUGUUGAUGCAGCCAUUAAUGGUGCUACUGGAGUGAUCAGUGGCUGUAUUCCUCCUAUAAAUCCAACCGAUCCAGAAUGCUUUCACAUAUUGUGGUUUUCAAAUGGCAUGGUAUUAGAGACUCUAUGGCCAAAUGGUCUUCUGUCAUUGCUAGUUGCACACAAGGAACUUUCUGGAUUUGAGAGACCAUGGACUUCUAAUCCUCUCAUUUUUGACAACUCAUACUUCACUUUUACUAUGUCACCUGAAGAUGAGGAGAGAAAAUCAGAGGUGCAUGCUACGUUGGGUCGGCCAUUGAGAAACUAUUCGACAGUUGCUAUUUUGCAGUGUUACAUUGAUUCCAUGGUAGAUUCUAGAGGUUGGGAAGAGAUUCCGGGGCAGGGCACUGAUAAUGUCACCUAUGUGGAGUUUGAGAAUGUUGGACCUGGGUCAAACACGGAUGGUAGAGUGGAAUGGCAUGGUGUUAGAGUUCUUGGCAACCAUAAUCAAGCACUUGUUUUCACGGCUUCCUAUUUCUUGGAUGCUGACUCUUGGAUUCCCACUAGAGGUGUUCCUUAUGAUAGUGAACUAUAA